AAGACAGGCUUAAGCCUAACUUAUUGUCCAACUCAAAACCCUUCUGUUUCCGUUUCUGUUUCGAGACGGUGAGACUCUUCCCCUUCCCCUCCCACCAAACCAACUCCUUGGAGAACAAACUACUACAACCGCAAUAAAAUACUAUGUUUUGUUAGCCAAAAUCUUGGAAAAUCGUGGUCAAAUGAAGUGUUUUCACUACUUCAAGGACAGAAACAAGAGCAGGCAACAAAGAUCAGCACCGGAGUUGAAAGAGCAGAGGAAAACAGACACAGAUAAUCAUAGGAUUGCCAAAUCCUCAUGCUCAGAAACUUCAACGCCUGGAAUCCCCCAAUUAUACGAGGAGAGAGCGCAUAAUCUGCGAGAAUUCUCCUUCUCAGAGCUCAGACGUGCCACAAAUGAUUUCAGCAGACAACUAAAGAUUGGGGAAGGUGGUUUUGGAAUGGUCUAUAAAGGUUCAAUCAAGCCUGCCGGUGGAAACGGUGACCCUGUAGUAGUGGCAAUUAAAAAGCUUAACAGAGAGGGCUUACAGGGUCAUAAACAAUGGGUGGCAGAAGUUCAAUUUCUAGGAGUGGUGGAGCAUCCAAAUCUUGUCAAACUGAUCGGAUAUUGUGCUGUGGAUGGAGAAAGAGGAAUCCAGAGACUACUUGUUUAUGAAUUUAUGCCAAACAAAAGCUUAGAAGAUCACCUUUUCAAGAGGGCAGACCCUGCACUUGCUUGGCAAACAAGAUUACAAAUCCUAACUGGAGCAGCUCAAGGAUUGACUUAUCUACAUGAGGGUUUGGAAGUUCAGGUUAUAUAUCGAGAUUUUAAAUCCUCCAAUGUUUUAUUGGAUGAGAACUUUAAGCCCAGGCUUUCAGACUUUGGGCUUGCAAGGGAGGGGCCAGUGGCUGGACGAACACAUGUUUCAACAGCAGUAGUGGGAACUUACGGAUAUGCUGCUCCAGAUUACAUAGAAACAGGACACCUCACCACCAAAAGCGAUGUUUGGAGCUUUGGAGUGGUAAUAUACGAGAUUCUUACAGGGAGGAGAUCUAUAGAAAGAAACCGGCCAAGAGCAGAGCAGAAGUUACUGGAGUGGGUAAAGCAGUUCCCUCCUGAUAGUAAAAAAUUUGGGUUGAUAAUGGACCCGCGACUCGAAAACCAGUAUUCUAUAAAUGCAGCUCGAAAGAUGGCCAAGUUAGCCGACUCGUGUUUGUUGAAGAGUGCAAAGGAUCGACCAAAGAUGAGUGAGGUAGUGGAGUCUUUGAUUCAGAUAAUCCAAGAUUCUGAUGAACAUGGGAGCAUUUCGAAUCAAGGUUUUGAGCCAUUAUCUGAAACGGUGGAGUCUAGUAAGAAGCCAAAUAAAAUAGAGGCCACUGAAUCUUGGAAGAGGAGGAUGAUCCACCUGGCAAAACUUGGCGAGCAGGUGGAGAGCGCCAGCAGAAGGAGAUUUAUGAUCAUGCAGAGAGCCAAAGUUACCUAAACCUGUUCAUUUUUUUAAUCAAAUGGCUAGAGAAAUAAUCUUUUUGUUUGCAUGCAUCAAAUAUCCUCGAUGAGAAUUUGCUUAAAUUAAAUUCAUAUGGCCUUUUCCCUUUUUGAAAA